GCCAGACUAGCGGGAUUGUGGGAUACUGCGGUGCCUGCCCGUUGUUGUUGAAGGUUUCGGGCGAAGACCCGAGAAUUUUUCAGGACCGAUUAAUUGUCUUUAAAUUGUCACAUUAUCCUCUCCCAUUUUCUUUUCUUCUGUAUUUUUAAUGUCUUAGGUUCGAGAAAACGUCGUGGAAAAAUUCGGAUUGAGAAAAUCAUUUCCAUUUUUCCAAAAAAAGGCUUUUUUAAAAAAAACGAUAUGGCUACAGACGUCAUUCAAGUGACCAAUGUUUCGCCGAGCGCCACCUCGGAGCAGAUGAAAACUCUGUUCGGGUUUCUGGGCAAAAUCGACGAGUUGCGUCUCUUCCCUUCAGAUGAAUCCCCAUUACCAGUGACGUCUCGUGUGUGUUUCGUAAAGUUUCAUGAUCCUGACGCUGUGGGAGUGGCGCAGCAUUUGACAAACACAGUCUUCAUUGACAGAGCUUUGAUAGUUGUACCUUACACAGAAGGAGUCAUUCCUGAUGAAUCUAAGGCUUUGUCUCUGUUGGCACCAGCUAAUGCAGUGGCAGGUCUGCUGCCUGGAGGUGGACUAUUACCUACACCAAAUCCUCUGACAUCACUCAGCAGUGUUCCUUUGGCUGCUACUCUUGGGAAUGUUAAUCCUGGUUUGGACCCAACUCUUGCUGCUCUUGGACUGCCAGGAACAAACUUGAAUUCACAGGUUACGGCAGAUCAGCUUUUAAAGCUCAUCACUCAAGUUGAUCCAAAGUUAAACCAUGCUGCUGGUGCCAUUGUGAGCCCAGCCCUGAAAUCUGACACCUCUUCAAAAGACAUCGAAGAAGCAAUGAAGAGGGUUAAAGAAGCACAGUCAUUGAUCUCAGCAGCUAUAGAAACUGACAAGAAGGAUGACAAAAGGAAACAUUCUCGAUCAAGGUCUCGUUCGCGCAGACGGCGGUCCCGUUCCCGAUCGAGGCAUAGGCGUUCCAGGAGCAGAUCCAGAAGGCGUUCACAUUCAAAGUCUAGGAGCAGACGACGAUCACGAAGUCCAAGACGAAGACGGUCACGCUCAAGAGAGCGAAGGAGAUCCAGAAGUAUAUCAAAGUCGAGGGAAAAAAAGAAGGAAGAGAAAAAAAGAUCAAAAACACCCCCCAAAAGCUACAGCACAGCCAGGCGGUCUCGCAGUCCUAGCAGAGACAGAGAGCGAGAAAGAGAACGAAGGCGUAGAAGAAGUAGGACUAUUUCAAGAUCCCCAAAGAAGUCACGAUCACCCAAGCGUAAACUGUCACGGUCACCAUCCCCUAGAAGGCACAAGAAAGAAAAGAAGAAGGACAAAGACAGAGACCGAAGCAGAGAAGUGGAGGAAAGGGAGAGAUCAUCUAGCAAAAAGAAGAAGAGCAAAGACAAAGAGCGAGAGAAGGAGAGGGAGAAAAAAGCAGAGAGUGAAAAGGGAGAUGUGAAGGUUACAAGAGAUUAUGAUGAAGAGGAACAAGGAUAUGACAGUGAAAAAGAAAGGAAGGAAGAGCAGAGAGUUUCUGAAUCUGGAAUGUCCCCAAAACUGAAAGAGUUAGCACAACCAAGCGACAAAGAAAGUACAGAUGUUGUUAAAGAGUCAAAGGUCAAUGGCGAUGACCACCAUGAAGAAGACAUGGACAUGAGUGAAUAAAUUUAGUGAAAGCUGAUUUAUAUUCCUAAUGUGAAGUGAUUAUUUUUAGCAGUGCUUUCUGUCAGAAUUGAAGUGUCGCCCUUCUGUUAUAUUUUCUACAAUUAGAAAGUGGUGACCUUGGCACCUGCCUUGUUUGACAGUUUGUGAAAGAGGUGUACAGAUGACUUGGUUCAGGAAGUGAAACUGCACUUCUAAUAGCAUCAGAUUGGUGUGCCAGUAAGAAGCUUUUUUCUGAAAUGUAUGCAGGGAUCUCCUUGACAAGAGUAGGAACCCCAGUAAUGUGUAAUAUUUGUCUAAGAGACUCAACCAAUACUGAUGUAGAUAGUUACAUACCCUAUGAGCCUUGUGACUGUAGAUUUGAGUUCAUGUAGUUCACUGUUUAUUUAGCUUUCUUAGUUUUAAGUGGCUUUGUCUGCUUUUGUAUGUAGAUCUACUAAAUAACGUACUUUGAUAUUCCCUGCUCUUCAACUUAUCACUCGUAUUGCACAUUUUUCAUAAGAGUGGGCAUCUGCACAAACUGGAUUUAAUGUGCAAAGUCUUGUGAGGAAAAUCGUUUUCUUUACCUUGAUACUGACAAGUCUGUCAGUUUAGCAAUUUUGGCUGCAGUAUGUGCCAUGGUCGUGUACAGUUUAUGAAAACAAUUUCUGUUUUACAUGUGAGCUUUGGUAAUAAAAGCUAUUUUAAAGCCUG